UGACGAUUAUUUGCAAUCACACGACUUAGAUUCUUUGACUACGAUAAUUUCAGGAUUCAUCAUUAUUUAUUAAGAAAUUCACGAAGCGAUUUUUAAUUUUUCUUCAUCAUUUCCACAGAUCAAUAAAUUUUACGAUGCCGUCCAGAAUUCUUGAAAAUGGAUCGGGAGAUGUAUUUACUACAAAUGGACAUGCAGAUACCGAAGACGUUGUUAUUAGUGGAAUAUCUUGCAGAUUGCCAGAAUCGGACAAUAUGGAAGAAUUCCGUCAACAUCUUAUACUAGGAGAAGAUAUGGUUACAGCAGACGACAGAAGAUGGGAACCUGGAUUACAUGGCUUGCCCACAAGAAAUGGUAAACUAAAAGACAUAUCAAAAUUUGAUGCUACAUUCUUUGGUGUUCACCCAAAACAAGCAGACGCAAUGGAUCCACAACUGAGAAUGCUGUUAGAAGUAACACAAGAAACCUUGGUUGAUGCAGGUGUUAAUCCUACAUCAGUUCGAGGUUCCCGUACCGGUGUUUUUAUUGGUGUAAGUUCAUCUGAUGCUGGAGAGGCAUGGGCUGCAGAUCCAGAAAAAUUAGUUGGCUACAGUAUGACAGGAUGUUGUAGGGCAAUGUUUGCAAAUAGACUUUCGUAUUUCUUUGAUUUUAAAGGUCCAAGUUAUGCCAUCGACACUGCAUGCUCUUCCAGCUUGCUAGCGUUAGAUCAAGCCUUACACAAUAUUAGAAUGGGACAUUGUGAUGCUGCCAUAGUCGGUGGUUCCAAUUUAUGUUUAAAACCAACAUCAGCUCUACAGUUCUUAAAACUAGGAAUGUUAUCACCUGAAGGUUCCUGUAAAUCAUUUGAUGAAUCCGGUAAUGGUUAUUGCAGGAGUGAGGGUAUUGUAGUAAUUUAUUUACAGAAGAGAUCAGUAGCUCAUAGAGUAUUAUCUACACUAGUACAUUCAAAAAGUAAUUCUGAUGGUAAUAAAGAGCAAGGAAUAACAUUUCCAUCUGGUGCAGUUCAAAAACAACUGUUGUCAGAUGUAUAUCAUGAGGCUGGGUUAUCUCCAUCGAAAGUUAGUUUUGUGGAAGCUCAUGGUACUGGUACUAAGGUUGGUGACCCUCAAGAAGUCAACAGUAUAACGGAUGUAUUCUGUAAAGAUAGGAAAGAACCCUUAUUAAUUGGAUCAACUAAAUCUAACAUGGGACAUCCUGAACCAGCUUCAGGAUUAGCAGCUGUUGCCAAGGUGAUUGUUGCUAUGGAAGAUGGAAUGAUUCCUGCUAAUUUACAUUUUAAAAAUCCAAAUCCUGAUAUACCUGGCCUUUGGGAUGGACGAUUGAAAGUUGUAACCGAAAGAACAAGAUGGAACGGAGGCUAUGUUGGAGUCAACUCGUUUGGUUUUGGAGGUGCUAAUGUACAUUCUGUACUAAAAUCAAACAACAUCGAAAAGACGCGCGUUCAUCCGGCUUCUAAAGCAAAAAGACUUUUGACCUAUGCCUCACGAACAGAGGAAGGACUUAAACAUAUUUUUACUGAAGUUAAGAAACAUUCUGAGGACGUAGAGUUUAAUGCUUUGUUAAGUGAAAGUGCCGAAUCUUCCACCCAUUCACAUCCUAUUAGAGGUUAUACGGUAUUAAAUACAGAUAAUGAAGUUGAAGAAAUCCAGAAAUCUAGUGGGGAUAAUCGUCCAGUAUGGUUUGUAUUUGCUGGUAUGGGAACCCAGUGGUUUGGUAUGGGUAAAACUAUGAUGGAAUUAGAAAUAUUUAAACGUUCCAUACUUCAAUCUGAUGCUGUAUUAAAACAACAUGGCAUCAAUCUUCAUGAUCUCAUUAUGCAUGGUGAUGAUAAAACAUUUGAAAAUACUUUACAUUCCUUUGUUGGUAUAGCAGCUAUCCAGGUUGCCUUAGUUGAUCUUUUACAUAAAAUGGAUAUUAAAGCUGAUGGUAUUGUUGGACAUUCUGUUGGAGAAUUGGGUUGUGCUUAUGCAGACGGCUCACUAACAGCAGCAGAAACUGUGUUAGCAGCAUAUUGGAGAGGAAAAUGUAUACAAGAAGCCAAGCUUCCUGCUGGUGGCAUGGCUGCUGUUGGUUUGACGUGGGAGGAAGCUAAACGGCGAUCACCAGAGGGUGUUGUUCCAGCUUGUCACAAUUCAGAAGAUACAGUAACUAUAUCAGGUCCAGCAGAUAAAAUCGCUACAUUUGUACAAGAACUAAAAGCUGAUGGUAUAUUCGCUAAAGAAGUCAACAGCAAUGGGGUAGCAUUCCAUUCCUAUUAUAUGGCAGACAUAGCUCCUUCGCUUAAGGCAGCUUUGUCAAAGGUCAUUACUCCUAAACCAAGGUCAAAUCGCUGGAUAAGUUCUUCAAUACCAGAAACAAAAUGGAACACAGAUUUAGCUAAAUUUUCGUCUGCAGAUUAUCAUGUAAAUAACCUUGUAAGCCCGGUUCUCUUUCAAGAAGCUCUUCAACAUGUUCCAAAAAAUGCUAUUGUAAUGGAAAUAGCUCCCCAUUGUCUCCUACAAGCCAUAUUAAAAAGAUCAUUAGAUGUAAACUGUUGUAUGGUUGGUUUAAUGAGUAGAAAAAGUACCAGCAACGUAGAAUACUUCUAUUCUAGUCUUGGCAAGUGUUAUAUAAAUGGUCUAAACUUCCGCCCUUUAAAUAUUUUCCCCCCUGUACAGUACCCCGUGUCACGAGGCACACCACUAAUCUCGCCAAUCAUCAAAUGGGACCAUUCUCAAUCUUGGGCUGUACCUAAAGUAGACGAGUUUCUCAGUGGAGGGAGUGGCAUGAAUUCUGAUGUUACUUUUGAAAUUGAUGCCUCUCCAGAAUCGCCUGAUCACUAUCUAGUUGGACAUGCCAUUGAUGGACGUGUUCUUUAUCCAGCUACAGGCUAUUUAUGUCUAGCCUGGAAAACUCUUGCUAAGUCAAAAGGAAAGUUCUUUGAACAGAUGCCUGUAAAAUUUGAAAAUGUCAACAUCCAUCGAGCCACUAUUUUACCAAAAACUGGUACUGUUAAACUUGAUGUCAGUGUUACAUCUACUGGAGAUUUUGAAAUCUGUGAAAGUGGAAACCUGUCUGUUAGUGGAAAUAUUCAAAUAAUGGAAGACCCUGGUCAAAACUCAGAAUACUUUGAUAGUGAAGCUGCAGAAGAUACUAAAGUUGGGAUAGAUCUAUCCAAAUCGGACAUAUAUAAAGAGCUGAGGUUAAGAGGCUAUGAUUAUGGACCAACAUUCCAGGGUAUAUUAAUGGCCAAUAAUGAAGGAAACCGUGGUCAGUUAAUAUGGAAUGGUAAUUGGGUGUCGUUUUUAGACACAAUGUUACAGAUACAAGUAUUAGGUUUAUCAGGUCAUGGGUUACGAUUACCAACAAGAAUUAAAUCUAUUUAUAUUGAUCCUACCACACAUGUAGAUACAGCGGUAGAAUUUUCACCUACUGAACAAGUGAUUGAUGUUAAAGUUGAUAAGGUAUUAGAUGUCUGCUUUGCUGGAUCUGUAAGAAUUCAUGGUCUCCAUGCAACUGUGGCACCAAAACGCCAACAACAAAAUUCUCCAACAAUAGAAGAAUAUAAGUUCAUUCCUAACAUAGAAAAUCUUCAAUUGGAACACAGCAAUGAGUUACAGAACUAUGCCAAAUAUUGCAUAAACAUGGCAUCACAUAACUUAAAAAAAAUCUGUGACAGUGUUAUUCACAAUAAAGACACACUAAAGAUAGCCACAGCAAAUGCCCAUAAUGGUGCAGAUUCCAAAACUGAUCCAAAUUAUUCAAAAGAGCCAUCAUGUGGACUUGCUCAAGUGUUGCAGAAAAUAUUCACCACAUCUUUAUCAUCUAAUUUCUCUGAAAACGUAAACAAUAUUCUACACGCAUUUAAACCAGAGUUGGCAGCAGAUCAACUCUUAUUUUUUCUCACCCAGCCCAGAGCUCUAAAACCAUGUUUAGAUAUUGUGUUGGAGAACCUGACCACACGUAAAAUAAAAGUUGUAGAGAUAAACGCCACCAAAAGUCCACUUCAUGAUAGAAUAGUUCCACAAUUAAACACCCAGCCAUUGCUUCAAAUAGACUAUACAACAGCAGAAACGGAACAAGUUGACACUUCGGAAUUAGAAUCGAAAGGAGUAAAUAGUGUCUCCUUUGAUUUUACGAAGAAUUCUGUGAAUGGAAUGCAUUUGGCCGUAGUCAACAAUGUUUUACAUCAGCAACUGAACAUUUGUGAAGCUCUUGAAGCAGUUUCUGCUUGUGUGGUUGAUAAUGGUUUUAUUUUGGUGAAAGAAGUGACACAAAAUUUCCCUUUAGCACUUUCAAUAGAUGCUCUGUAUAAAACAUUGCCCACGGUCACCGAUAGCAGAACGUGUGGACUUUACCUAAAUGAAUCUUCUUGGAUUCGGGAGUUUGAAAAACAAAACCUCAAAGUGGUUUGUCAGAAAACGGAUGGAUUCAUGUCAACGUUGUUCUUAUUGCGCAAAAAAUCAAACUUGAGUGAAGAACAGAUCAUUUUAAAUGUUGAUGAUUUGGAGUGCAAUUGGGCAGAACAUUUGAUAAAGAAUAUGGCCGACAUUCAGACAAAAGCAGAUGGUGAAAAUUUGUGGUUAUAUUCUGCGAAUAAGAAGAAUGGGUUAGUUGGUCUAGCUAACUGUUUAAGACAAGAAGGUGGUGGAGAAAGAUUAAGGUUCAUCUAUAAUUAUGAUAACUCUUUGAAAGAUUUCUCUGUUAAAAGUAAAGAAUUUUUAGUAAUGAAAGAGCUUGAUCUAGUCAGUAAUGUUUACAGUAACGGAAAUUUGGGUUCCCUAAGACAUCUUCCCACUGAAGGUAACUCGAUGAAACCUGUUGACCAUGCCUAUGUUAAUGUCCUAACUCGUGGUGAUCUGUCCAGUUUAAAAUGGAUUGAGUCUCCCUUGAAAUAUUUUGAACCAGCUAAAUACAAGGAAAAAAGUUUGUGUAGUGUAUACUAUGCUUCUUUGAAUUUCCGUGAUAUAAUGCUGGCUACAGGCAAGCUGCCUCCUGAUGCUAUUCCAGGGGAUAUGGCUCUACAAGAUUGUAUUUUAGGCAUGGAAUUUUCGGGUCGAAAUUACUGUGGAAAGAAAGUCAUGGGCUUACUUUCUGCCAAGGGACUGGCAACAACAGUUGAUGCUGAUAACCGGUUCUUAUGGGAGAUUCCAGAUCAUUGGUCAAUGGAGGAAGCUGCGACAGUACCUGUAGUCUAUUCUACUGUUUAUUAUGCUCUGGUUGUACGAGGUGGUAUAAAGAAAGGUGAUAAAGUUCUAAUUCAUUCUGGUUCAGGUGGUGUUGGUCAGGCAGCCAUUUCUGUAGCAUUACAUCAUGGCUGUGAGGUUUUCACUACUUGUGGUUCUAUGGAGAAGAGAGAAUUCUUGAAGAAAAUGUUUCCACAACUAAAAGACAACCAUUUCAGUAAUUCCAGAAGUACAGCAUUUGAAUUUGAUUUCUUAAGAGCAACAAAGGGAAAAGGUGUGGAUGUUGUAUUGAAUUCAUUGGCAGAAGAAAAGUUACAAGCCAGUAUUCGACUUCUUGCCCCACAUGGAAGAUUUUUGGAAAUAGGAAAAUUUGAUCUCUCCAACAACACGCCAUUAGGAAUGUCCAUCUUUUUGAAGAAUAUAAGUUUCCAUGGUAUUUUACUGGAUGCAUUGUUUGAUGAGGGUAAUUCUGAUUGGUCGAAUGUGGCUAAUCUUGUAACUGAAGGUAUUAAAUCGGGAGCUGUGAAGCCUCUACAGAGUACAGUAUUUGAGAAAAAUGAAAUUGAAGAAGCCUUUAGAUUUAUGGCACAAGGAAAACACAUUGGAAAAGUUGUAGUCAAGGUACGAGAUGAGGAAACCUUAAAAGUAGUAAAACCAGUGACUAUUAAAACCACUGCUGUGGCCAGAACAGCAGCUCAUCCUAAUAAAACUUACAUCAUAGUAGGUGGUCUUGGAGGAUUUGGUUUAGAAUUAUCUCAAUGGCUGAUUGACAGAGGUGCCAAGAAAUUGGUUCUAACAUCUAGAUCUGGUAUUAAAUCGGGUUAUCAGUCGCGUAAACUGCGUCUGUGGAAGAAAAGUGGAAUACAGGUUGAAGUUUCGUCUAGAGAUGUUAAAACGGAAGCAGAAGCUAAACAGUUAAUAACAGAAUCUAGUCAGUUAGGACAAAUUGGUGGAAUAUUUAAUUUAGCCAUGGUUUUAAGAGAUGGGUUUAUUGAAAACCAAACCGUGGAGAAUUUUCAGAAAGUUUGUGAACCAAAAGUUAAAGGCACAGCUAACUUGGAUAAAGUGUCGAGAGAAUUGUGUAAAGAUAGUUUAGAUUGGUUUGUUGUAUUCUCAUCUGUUAGUUGUGGAAGAGGUAAUGCUGGGCAAGCUAAUUAUGGUUUUGCCAAUUCCUUCAUGGAGAGAAUAUGUGAAUGCAGGAAAGCAGAUGGUUUACCAGGUCUUGCUAUACAGUGGGGUGCAAUUGGUGAUGUGGGUAUUGUAUUAGAAACGAUGGGUGAUAAUGAUACAGUUAUUGGUGGAACUUUACCUCAAAGAAUAACAUCCUGUCUUUCUGUGUUGGAUCAGUUCUUAAAUCAGCCCCAACCAGUUAUGUCUAGUUUUGUCAUGGCUGAAAAGAAUACAGGAUCCAAAGACCAAGGUUUGGGUAAACCAGAUUUAGUGGAAUCUGUUGCAAGAAUUUUAGGUGUGAAAGAUGUAUCCAGUAUUAAUGCAGAUUCAAGUUUAGCCGAUCUUGGUUUAGAUUCUUUAAUGGGAGUGGAAGUGAAACAAACCUUAGAAAGAGACUUUGAAAUGAGUUUAUCGAUGCGUGAAAUUCGUCAAUUGAGUAUAACAAAAUUACGAGACAUUGGUGGUAGUUCAUCCAAAGAUAAAAAAGAAACAGAAUCUGAUAAAUCUAUAACAGACGUGCCAUCUAAUUUAGAUGACAGUGGAGUUUCAAUUCGUUACGACUUUGACCAUCUUAUCCCAACUACAACUAUCAUUCAUUUGAAUAAUAUUAAAAAUACAGUUACUCCAUUAUUUGUCGUCCAUCCUAUUGAAGGUGUAACCAUCAUGUUAGAGAAUAUGGCCUCGCAGUUAUCUUGUCCAGUUUAUGGUAUACAGUGUACACAAGAGGCACCAUUAUCAUCUGUAGAAGCUUUAGCUGGUUUCUAUUUACAGCAAAUUGAUAACAUUCAACCAAAUGGUCCAUAUCGAUUGGCUGGCUAUUCUUUUGGAGCAUGUGUUGCUAUGGAGAUGGCAAUACAGUUACAAAAACAUCACCCAGAAAAUCCAGACAUUGUGCAAUCAUUAAUACUACUGGAUGGAUCUCACAAAUAUGUUGCAGCUCACAUACAGCCAUAUUUAGAUAAAAUAGAACCCGGUAAUACUGCACAAGCUGAAACAUAUGGCAUGAUGGCCUUCAUACAACAGUUUAUGCCAAUUGACUUCAAAGAGAUUUACGUAGAGUUAUUAGAAAAACCAGAUUUUGCCAGUAGAAUAACUUGUGCUAUAGAUAAACUGAUGUCUUUAAGAAUCUUCCAACACAGAACUGAACUGGAAAUAACCGCCAAAUCAUUCUACGAAAAAGUUCUAAUUGGUGGAAACUAUAAACCAAAAACCAUUUAUAAAGGAGAUAUGCAUUUACUGAAAGCUAAACAGUGUACACAUGAAUCGGGUGUACUUGGUGCUGACCUGGGAUUAUCACAAAUUUGCUCUGGAAAAGUUCAUACAUAUGUCAUUGAAGGAGACCAUGAGAAUUUUAUAUUGGGAGAAAAUGCCAAGAAAAUUGGAGUCGUUUUAAAUCCUAUGUGGUGAAUUUAUGACAAGCAAAAAACACACUAUCCUUGUUAAAAAAAAAAAAAAAAAAAAAGAAAACAAAGAAAAAAAGCAAAAAGAAAAAAAAAAUUGAGAAAAUCAGUAAUGAGUUUAGAAUUGAAAAUAUGUUAAAUCUAUUUUAUUUUUUUUUGGUAGUCUUAUGACAUCUAUUUAUUCUAUUUAUUGAUAUUUUUUGUAUGUUUUCUUAGUGGAUCUUAGAUGUUGUCUAAUUCUAUAUGGAUCAAAGAUCAUUCCCGGUGAACUUAUAAACCAAAUGUUAUGUUAGUGUAAUUUGUCAAAUUGUUAAAGCCAAUGUCAAUCCCAGUGAAUUUGUCUUGUUAGUCCCAUUUGUUGAAAUUUUACAGUGCUACAUCAUCAUGUCAAGAUUUUUCUUUCCUUGAAAUAAAAGAUUUUGAAGAGAA